CUUACCUGCGCAGACAGACACGCAGACCGGCUGACAGGCGGGCAGGUACGCAGAGCAGUACAAGCGGAAGAACAGCAGGUUUAUUUCUAUAGACAGUUUCUGCUUAGGUCAAAGUUAUAUCAGGUGUGCAGACAUUAUUAUUAUUUUUAUUUGGUUUAUUUAGUUUAUUUUGUAAGGUGAUUUAUUUAUGAAAGUAACGCGGCGUCGAAGGAAACAUGGCAGAGCAGGCAAAGAAGCUGAUUCUGAUCGUGGUGGAUGUUCUUUGUGUCAUUGUUGCGGCUAUGCCCUCCGCCAUUCUCACUGUGAAGUUCACUCCUUAUGAGAGAGGAAUCUACUGCGAUGAUGAGAGCAUCAAGUAUCCCUAUAGGAAAGACACUAUCUCACAUGGAGUCAUGGCUGCAGUCACCAUCACCUGCUCCAUAGUCAUUAUCACUACCGGAGAGGCCUACUUGGUGCACAUCAAACGUCUACACUCCAACUCCCAGUUCAACCAGUACCUCUCUGCUCUCUACAAGGUGGUUGGCACUUAUCUGUUUGGGGCAGCAGUCAGCCAGUCGCUGACUGAUUUGGCAAAGUUCAGCAUUGGUCGUCCUCGCCCAAACUUUUUGUCUGUGUGCAAUCCCGUUAGCUGUAACGGAUACAUGUUGCAUAUCAACUGCACAGGCAACCCGCACAAUGUGACUGAAUCCAGGUUGUCAUUUUACUCGGGUCACUCAUCCUUUGGGAUGUACUGCAUGCUCUUCCUCUCGCUCUACGUCCAGGCCAGAAUGCAGGGGAAGUGGACAAGACUCUUUCGGCCCACCAUUCAGUUCUUCCUGUUGGCGUUCUCCCUGUAUGUGGCAUACACACGGAUUUCUGACAACAAACACCACUGGAGUGACGUCCUGGUGGGGCUGCUGCAGGGAGCUCUCAUUGCUGUUCUCACUGUCCGAUACAUGUCUGAUUUCUUCAAGGAGCGGCCUCCGCCCUGCAACAAACCAGAGACACCAGAGACCGAACACCUUGAACAGAAACCGAACCCACAGCCUUCAGACUCACAGCAUGGAAACCACUACAACUGUUCCAGACCUGUAUGAGUUCUUAACAGCACCCACAUCAGCAUCUCUCACCAACCUGUGCCUACGCUCUAAGAGCAGCUCAAUUACCCAAAGAUAAAGUGACAAGUACAAAAAGAGAGAGAGAUCUCCAAGAUGUAUUCCCAACAAUUCUACAAAAAAAAAAAAAAAAGCCUGGAUUCCCAAAACCUGUUGGAACAGAAGCUUCAUGUCUGUUUUAUAGUGUGGGUGUGUGUGUGUCUGCUGCAAAAAUAUGUCUGAUUGAUUUGUGAGUGUGAGAGAUUUUGUGCAACAGCUUGCAGCGGUUGUGUAAAUAUAUUUUUAAAUGAUCUCCUCUUUGAAGCGUAAGAUUUGUAUGAGAGUAAGUUUUAUGAGUAAAACUGAAAUUGACUGCUAAAUAAAAUCUAUUAAAUUAGACUUUGCUGUUCUUAAGAACAAACAAAACCUUGGAUGCUGAAUGUUUUCCAGUAGUUACAGUCAUAUAUACACCUUUUGUUUGGUUUUUUUACACUGGAGCUAGACUGUAAUCACCUGUUAUGUUUGUUUCUUUGCAGAUAUUUUACCAUCCUUGGACAUGUUGUAUCACAAAGCUACACAAUAUUGUACAGGACUAACAUUUUUAUCUUGUUUUUUAACUUCUGUAUCAUAUAUGUUAAGUGGAAUUUUAAGAAUGUGUAACCACUAACUUACUGUGAUGUUGCAGAUAAAACUUUUUUCUUUUAUUAAGACACUUUUUCAAGUACUAUUUUAAAGGUUUAUUCAUCCCAUAAACUCAGUUAUGUUUGUUUUUCUCAUGCUUCAAGUCUGCAAAGUAAAUGCCUUCACGGACCUUCUUUCCCUGCUUCUAAGCGUGUAACCUGAGUGGAACCGUACAUAAUGUUAUCAUUUCUUUCCCUCAGCCUGUCGGAUGUUUUCUGAAGUUUCUUUAUAAAUACCAGUCAGUAUG